AUGGGAAUGAAUUUCAACAAAGAAGUCAAGAUGCUUCGAGAGAUCGAGGAGAACAAAAGAUGUGCAGACUGCUCUACGUCAAAUCCGCCGUGGGCAUCUGUGACUUACGGGAUAUUCAUAUGCUUUGACUGCGCUAGUGUUCAUAGGUCUUUGGGAGUCAAGACUAGCUUUGUAAAGAGUGUGAAUCUGGACAUUUGGGACGAGAAGGAGUACUUGUUUAUGAAACACGGAUCGAAUGGGAAUUUUAGAAAGUUCUUGGAGCAGCAUGGACUUGUUGGACGCGAGAUGAAUGAGAUUUAUAACAACAACCACAUCAAGAGAUAUGCAGCAAAUGUUAAGAGCCUUGUUGUGAAGGAUAUAGGAGAAGAGGCAUUCAACAAGGCAAAGGCCAACACUGUUCCCAAGGAGUCCAGAGACUCGGAUGGAUGGAUGAACAAGUCCCCUAUGAAUUGUGUAAAUAGAAACAAAAGUCCAUACGGUACACUGGGGCUUGAAUCAUCUGGCACAGGAUCAUUGCAUAGCUCUAUUGCAUCUACCCUAUCUGUUGUCGGAAGUGCGAUUUUCUCGAGCGCAAAGGUCAUCACUGGCAAGACCGUUGAAUAUGGAGGCAUUGUUGUUAGCUCUACAAAGAACAUGAUCAAGGAUAACUCUUCCUCGUUAACAUCCAUUUUCAAGAGAAAAGAACUAACUCCAAAGGAUAACUUAAAGGUCCCAGAAAAGCAAGAGAUCUGCGAAAAGUCGGGGAAAUGGGACUAA